AUGGCCUCGGGAGCCCUGUUGCCGUGCCCGAUGUCCCGGCUGGACUUCCUCAAGGCCUCGCACUUCCAGGUGGGGCCGGACCCGCGGCUGCACCAGGGCACCCUGUACUCCACGUCGCACCGGGACUUUCCGGCCUACCCGGACGCCACCCCUGCGCAGCCGAGCCCGCCUCCGCCGCGCGCGCCCCUCUUCCCACUGGACACGCGCGGGCCGGGAGAGGAGCGCACGACAGAGUCGCGCCGCGCGUUCCCGCCGACGUCCACGCCGCAGACGGCGGGGGAGCGGGAGCCGCGGCGGGCCCAGGCGCGGGAGCGCACGCCCGCCACGCUGGCCAGCAACCUGAGCUUGCAGGCGGAUGCGCGCGCCGGCGCCGGCCUCUCCAGCGCGCGCGCCUCUUACCGCUGGCCCGAGCUGCCGGCGCGCGCCAGAGAGCAGAUCCGUGGCGCGCGCCUUAUCUUCGACCGCGACUCGGUGCCGCUCGGCGACCGAGACCAACUGCGCCUCCCGCCCACCACGCACCAGGAGCUCUUUCCGCCCCAGCACGUGCGCCCGCCGCCCCGCGCGCCCUGCAGCCACCUCGGGGGGCCCAACACCCUCAAGUGGGACUAUAGGAACCAGGAUGAGACCUCCUACCAGAGACAGUUCCAGGCGCUGCUGGGCCCUCCUGCCUUGAUGUGUAAGAGGGCCUCCUCCCAUGUGGAACUGGGAGACUGCAAGAUUGGCUAUGGACCCAUGAGUUCAGAGCAGAAACAGGCCUACACGCCCCAGGGGCUGCCUACAGACAGGUAUGACAAGGCCCAGGCCGCGACCAACAUCCAUUAUGUGAAUAUCCGUCCUGGAGAUGGCCUUUUCCACGACAGAACCACUAAGGCUGAGCACUUCUAUGCCCGGGAGCCAGAAUUUUUUGUUCUUCACCACGAUCAGACUCCGGAGUCGCACAUCCUGAAAGGAAAUUGGUGCCCCGGUCCGGGCAGCCUCGACACCUUCACGCGGUUCUUUUAUGGCCAGCCGCCGCCCCCGACCCAGCCACCCUGCCGCCACGUGCCCCACGAGAAAUUGCAGAGUCACGUGACCCUAGGAGAGGCGAAGCUGCGUAGACACUUCUUCCAGACUACCAUGGACUCACACUACUGCUCCCCAGAGACGCGGCGGCCACAGAAAGCGCCCAGCCUCCACUUGCAGCACAGCAACCUGCCGCAGGGCACCGGCGAAUCAGAUUUUUUAACCAUGAACCAGAAGAUGCUGAAGCCACACAGUACAGCCCGGGCCCCCGUGACCGAAGAGAUGCUACAGCGGUGCAAGUACAGCCACGUGGAACCCCCGCUGGGUGAACAGCGCUUCUUCUCAACCCAAUACGAGGAUGAGUUUCCUUUCAAGCACCAGGGCGCGGCAGUGCUGAGAAAAGGCAGCUUCCAGGAGAGCCACGUGCCACUGGGCACGUCUCGCCGGUGGGGCUGUGGGGGCGCGAAGAUAGACCCUCGGGCCCCCCAGUCCCCUAUGUACCCGUGCCCGAGCCAGCAAUAA